UAAACUCACGGUGGACACCGUGAGGCCCGAGGGUUUGCUUUCAGCACAAGAAGCUCUGAUCUCCAUCUGCACUAAAGCAUCCGAUCAUUACGUCUCUAAACGCUGCGAUUCUAGCGUCUCCGUGUUCAAGUGACUUAGAGAGGUUUUGGAGGGGAGGAGUAGGAACCACCAUUGCUGACGUGUCUUCGCUGUGUCCUUCUAGUGCCACAUCUCCUGGUCCUCUUGGUUGUUGGCACUUGGAACUCCAAGGUCCUAAGUCAUGGCUGGCAAAGCAGGAGGUGAUCUGAAGGAACCAAUGAAUGAACAAGCAGUUGCUAACAUAUAUGGUGCUAUGAGAGCAGAACUAAACCAAAUUUACUCAAAAAUCACUGAACUAGAGAUGGAAGUGAGUGAGCAUUCUCUUGUCAUUGGAGCUAUUCAGCCACUGGAUCCAUCCAGACGGUGCUACCGGAUGAUUGGAGGUGUGCUGGUUGAGAGAACCAUCAAGGAGGUCUUGCCAGCUGUUCAGCGCAACAAAGAGGGUCUGGAGGAAGUGAUUUCUAGGCUUAACGAGGCCCUUGAGAAGAAAAAAAAGGAAAUCGCUGAAUUUGAGGCUAAAUACAAAAUUAGGAUAAGAAAAUCAGAUGGUGAGGUGAAGGAUGAGAAUGAGAAGAAGGAAGGUUCUGCCCAGGGAGUCCUCGUCGGACCUGCAAGCACAAAUGAAUAGAGUGGGUUUGCACUUUUUUCUCUUCAUUUUGUCAAACUUGUUGGGUAAAUUAGUUCAAUGUCUUGUUAUAUGGUGUAGUAGGCUUUUAUGAAUUGGCUUAUAGGUUGAUCAUGAGUCAUGACAAUAGAUUGAAAUCUCCAUGAAUUUGGGAUUAUGUGUUAUUUUGUUGGUGGAAAACAUGUGGGAUUUGCAUAUUUUGAUUAGCCUGUUCAGUAGGAUGAUUUAGAACUUGAGGAGCCUGAGUUAAUUUUGUACCGAAAUAAUUUAUUUUUUUGUGCCCGUGAGGGAUGAAACAAGAACAACCUAUUUUGAAAGUUGUCAAAA